CUUAUUUGUGCUGAGAGUCACGAGAGUUCGAAGUUUAACGGGGUGGAAGAAGACAUGAGGUCGCAUGAUACGCACUGAUUCUUCGCGAUUCCGUGCGAGAAUUGUUCGCGGGAAGGAUUGGUGAUGUUGUGUUUGUGACAUUCAGUGUAGCAGCAAUCCGCCUGCAAUUGUGUGCUCCGAUACACGGGCAGUGUAUUUAGCUAGCUAGCUAGCUGGCUACAAAGGGGGAAGUAGGGAAGUCGUGUGGAACAGAGGGGAGGUGGUGUUUGAGAGGUACCUAAGCUGGCUAGCAGUGUUAGCUAGCUAUCUAGCGUAGCUGUAUCACACACCACCAGAUCCCACCGUGUUAGCUUGGUAGCCAGCUGUUUAAUCAGAAUAGCUAACAUUGUUGAUUUUACACAAACGAGCACGCAUUGUUGACGUUUUUUGAUCCGACUGGUGCCGUUUUCUGAGGCGCUGGCAGGAUAGCUCUCUCAUCCUAUUCAAAUCUGCAGCUGAAAUAUCUUACGACCAUUUUAAUAAGACAGUGAAUUAAAAUCUGGCGCACUAUUGUAAUGCCCUGCAUGUGAACGUAUGUUUCAUUACGCCCUGUUCUCUGUGUACUGUAUGUCAUUCAAGUGAUCGCUGGCAAGCUAGCUUACCAAGCUAGCACACUUGUCGAACUAAAUUAGCUAGCUGGCUAGCUACCCAGUCAGCUAGUUAGCUAGCUGGCUAUAGAAUAGCUAUGCAGGCGAAAAAUAGGGUUGGGAUGAAGAGAUAGGGAAAGCUGCAUUCAGAAUUCCUGUUGGGAUUUUUUUUAGUGGUUGCCUAAAGGACUUGUCUUGGAAGGCAGAUAUUUGACAUCAAGAAGAAUGAAGAAGUUUUCACGAAUGCCAAAGUCCGAGAGCGGUGGACUCGGAGGAGGGUCUGGAUCGGGGUCUGGUUCUGGAGUCGGCAACUACAUCGGGAAAGUGUUCAGCGUCGGCCGAUACCAGGUCACCAUAGAAGAACUGAUUGCAGAAGGGGGCUUCUCUGUGGUCUUCCUGGCCCGCACUCACAGCGGAGUCCGAUGCGCCCUGAAGAGGAUGUACGUGAACAACGUCCCGGACCUGAACAUCUACAAAAGGGAGAUCACGAUCAUGAAAGAGCUGUCAGGUCACAAGAACAUCGUGAGCUACCUGGACUCUACCAUCAACACGGUGGGGGACAGCGUCUGGGAGGUGCUCAUCCUCAUGGAGUACUGCAAAGCUGGCCAGGUGGUGAAGCAGAUGAACCAGCGUCUCCACACAGGGUUCAGCGAAGCGGAAGUCCUCGCCAUUUUCUGCGACACCUGCGAGGCGGUUGCCAGGUUACACCAGUGCAAAACCCCAGUCAUUCAUCGGGACCUGAAGGUGGAAAACAUCCUGCUGAAUGACCAGGGGAACUACGUCCUGUGUGACUUUGGCAGUGCCACACACAGAGUCUUGCACCCACAUAAAGACGGGGUGACAGCAGUAGAGGACGAGAUUAAGAAGUACACGACCCUCUCCUACAGAGCGCCUGAGAUGAUUAAUCUUUACGGAGGGAAAGCCAUCACCACUAAAGCUGAUAUAUGGGCCCUUGGAUGCUUGUUGUACAAGCUGUGUUUCUUCACGCUUCCAUUUGGGGAGAGUCAGGUUGCCAUAUGUGAUGGAACCUUCAUCGUUCCAGACAAUUCCAAAUUCUCCUUCAAGUUGCACUGCUUAAUCAGAUAUAUGCUUGAGCCGGAUCUAGAAAAGAGACCUGACAUCUAUCAAGUCUCAUAUUUAGCCUUCAGGUUGGCUGGAAAGGAGUGUCCUGUGCCAAACCUCUUUAACUCACCCCUUCCCACAACACUUCCCGAACCGCUGACUGCCAGUGAGGUCGCUGCUAAGAAGAACAUGACAAAAGCCAGAAUCACCGAUUCGGUCGGACCAACGGAGACGUCAAUCGCCCCGAGACAAAGACCAAAGGCUGCAAACACCAAUGUCCUGCCCAUCCCCAACUCUGUCACCCCUGUGAAAAUGACUGUCCCCUCUGGAGCAGUGAGCAACGGACAGAAAGGCCCGGCCCCUGGGAACGGCCAGCCCUCUGUGCAGGCUCCGGCGGGGAGCCAGCAGCACCGUGUCCUGCAGCAGCUGCAGCCUGGAGACCUGAGACUGCAACAACUGCAGCAACAGCAGCAACAACAACAGCAGCAGCAGCAGCAGCAGCAACAGCAGCAGCAGCAUCUCCAUCAACAACAGCAGCAAAGUCUGCAACAAAUCCAGUACCUGCAGCAGUACCACCAGGCCCUCCAGCUGCAGCAGCAGCAGAUGCUCCACCAGCAGAUGAUGAUGCAGCCGGUGUAUCAGCAGCAGGCCCAGUACGCCGCCAUGAUGCACCAGUACCAACAAGCCUUUGCACAGCAGCAGCAGCAGCAGCAGCAACAGCAGCAUCUCAAUCAUCAGCAGGUCCCCUAUCUCACCUCCCCACUGGAGUUCCAGGCUCCCCUGGGGACCUUUGCCCCAGCCGGGACCGCCCACGUGGGGCCCGCCGCUGUGGAGCCUCCAUUCACUAACACCAGUAGAAACCCCCUCCUGAGCGGGGAGGUGAUCACCCCUCCCCCGCCGGCCACCGCCAACCCCAACCCCCCGGACAUGUCCGGCUGGAACCCCUUUGGAGAGGAUAACUUCUCCAAGCUGACCGAAGAGGAGCUGCUGGACCGCGAGUUCGACCUCCUGAGAGCAAAGAAACCUGUGGAGAGAGCAGUCAGUGCGGACGCCAGCAUGGAGAGACAGCCCCCCUCCCUGAAGCCCCUCCCAGAGGACCUGUUCGGCUCGGUCCCCUUCCUGUCCAACCCAGCAGGGGGCAGUGUGAAGACUCCAGAACAGCUCAGUGAGGAACCGGCUGCUCAGCCAGGGAAACCUGUCCUGGAGGAGGCCCUGCCCCCCGCCACCAAGGAGCCCAAACCGGGCAAGAGGAGCGGCUCGGCCGGCCCGCUCUCCCGCAAGGUGGGGGAUGAGUCCGACAGCGACUUUGAAUCGGAUCCCCCGUCCCCGAAGAGCAGCGAGGAGGACGAGCCGGAGGAGGACGAGGGCCUGAACAGCGAGCACGGGGAGUUCAACGACGACACGGAGCCCGAGAACCUGGGCCAGCGGCCGCUGCUCAUGGACUCGGACGAGGAGGCCGAGGAAGAGGAGGACAAGCACAGCUCCGACUCCGACUACGACCAGAGGAAGGGGAAGACGCGGGCGGCCAGGCCGGCGGGAAGCAAGACCGCGACUGCGGCGCCGGGGGCCGCCACGGGUGAGCCCAGCCCCGGCCUGAUCACGCCCCCCGCCUCGCCCGGCGUGGCAGCGAGGGAGCCUCCAGGAGGGGAGGUAGACGUGUUUGGCGCCGUGCCCUUCCUUGGAGGCGGGCCGCCCAAGAGCCCCACCGAGGGAGCCGACAUUUUUACCAAGGCCCCCUUCCGGCAGGCGAGCCAGGAGCAGGCCAUGGACGAGUUUGAUGUGUUCACCAAAGCCCCGUUCAACCGCAACCUGUCCAGGACGGGCAAGGGCGGCGACGCGCCGGCGGGCCAGACGCCCCCCGUCUCGCCCGACGGCGUGGACGUCUUCGGCUGCUCCCCCUUCCAGCCCAGCCACUCGCUUCCCCUCUCUAAGAGCAAGGAGGACGUUUUCGGCCAGGUGCCUUUCGAGGAGGACUCCAGCCCGCAGCAGCAGAGGAACAAGCAGCGCAGCCUCCAGAAGCUGUCGUCGCGGCAGCGGCGCACCAAGCAGGAGAGCGCCGGCGGCAACGGCAAGCGGCACCAUGGGACCCCCACUGGCGGCAGGAAGAGCAACAAACCCAGCUUCCGCACGCCGGAGCGCGUGCGCCGGCACAAGAAGGUGGGCCGCAGGGACUCGCAGAGCAGCAACGAGUUCCUCAACACCUCCGACUCCAAGGAGAACAUCAGCGUCACCGUGGGCGACGUCAAAGACAAAGGGGCGUGCCUUCCCGCCGAGGAGGCCAUGCUGGACCCGUUCGGCGCCAAGCCCUUCCACCCCCAGGACGUAGGCCGGCACCCCCAGCACCAGGGCCUGGCCGACGGCAAGGGGGACAUGAACCCGCCCAACGGCAGGCCCCGCACCAGCUCGCUGCACGGCGCCUUCGGGGACGGCAACAAAAUGGACGACUUCGGCGCCGUGCCGUUCACGGAACUGGUCGUCCACAGCGGGACGCAGCAGCCCCCGCCGGUGGAGCUGGACCCCUUCGGAGCCGCACCCUUCCCCUCCAAACAGUGAAUGUCUCGUCUUCCGACACACACACACACACUCUCACACACCGUGGUUUUAUGCAAAGCCUACGCAAUCCCAGGAUGGAACCCUCAAGGCUGGGAGCUUCUCGAUGCGGCCAUUGCCUGUGGCCAGAUGAACGGGGGGAAACACGCUGAUGAAAGAGGACUAAAAGUGCUUUUUUUAAGAAAAAUAUUUUAAUACAUAACUGGACUUUGAAUGAAUAAAGAAUCCUGUGGAGUAUAGAAGAUCUAUUCUAGAUUGGAUAUGCAUUACCUUUAGCCUGUACCUGUUUGCUGAGGAGCCUCUGAUGCUGCAUUAAAUCAUCCUGUUCUGAAGACCCUCGUUUGAGACGCCAAGACUUCAAAAGCUAAACACGUUUGUCUUCAAAGGAAAUGUAUGAAUUCUCUUCAGAUCGUACUGUGACGACGAGCUUGCUCCAUCACCAACCGCUUGAGUUGCUGCGAAGCUCUGUGUGUAGAUUGUGGCUUCCUACGUGAUCUACCAAUAAGAUUAAUUCCACACCGCAAAGCCUUAUGGGUAAAGCCCCACCCUGCUGCACAGUACAGUACCUCUGAACCAUCACGCUGUCAUCGCUCAUAUAUCUCAGCUGAAUUACGCUUCAGCUUAGGCCUUUAAACUUUAUUUCACCUAUUUA